AUGUCUAAAAGACCGGCAGAAGAUGAUAUUGGUCAUCAAAACACUUCAAUUAAAGUAACAGAAACCUCACUACCACAAUCAACCAAUGCACAACAAAUAAAUGGUGAAGAUUCAAUGGAUGUGGGAGAAUUUGAAGAUCCAUAUGGUGAUGAUUUCGAAAGUGACGAAGAAAUAAUAGAGCUUGAUAAUCAAAACGAUGACGGAAUAGAUGAAGAUGAUGAAAUGGAUGAAGAGGCAGCCAAUAAAAAGAUUCACGAAAUAGAAUUGAAAGAGCAACAAGAACAGCAGGAAAUUGAAUCAUCUAUAUAUCUACCACAUAAAUCUAAACCUUUAGGUCCAGAUGAGGUUUUGGAAGCAGAUCCUUCAGUUUACGAGAUGUUACAUAAUGUCAAUCUACCUUGGCCAUGUUUGACGGUCGAUAUUAUUCCUGAUAAUUUGGGUAGUGAGAGAAGAUCAUAUCCAGCAUCUGUGUAUCUAGCAACUGCCACUCAAGCAUCGAGGGCGAAAGACAAUGAGUUAAUAGCCAUGAAAGCAUCAAGUUUGGUGAAAACUUUAGUCAAAGAUGACGGUGAAGAAGAUGAUGAGGAUGACGAUGAUGAUGAUGACAUGGAUGCUGAUCCAAUAUUGGAUACAGAAACCAUCCCAUUGAAACAUACAACUAAUAGAAUAAGAGUUAGCCCACAUGCAGAAAAGACUGGAGAAUAUUUAACAGCAACAAUGUCAGAAAAUGGAGAAGCAUACAUAUUUGAUUUAUCAGCACAAUAUAAAGCCUUUGAUUCACCGGGCUAUAUGAUUCCAAAAUCAUCUAAAAGACCAAUAUAUACGAUACGAGCUCAUGGUAAUGUUGAAGGAUAUGGUUUGGACUGGUCACCUUUGAUAAAUACGGGGGCUUUAUUGACAGGUGACGUCACUGGAAGAAUUCAUUUAACAACUAGAACAACAUCAAAUUGGGUUACAGAUAAAAGUCCUUUUUUUGCAUCACAAUCAUCAAUCGAAGACAUUCAAUGGUCAACUGGGGAAAGUACUGUUUUUGCUACAGCAGGUUGUGAUGGAUAUGUAAGAAUAUGGGAUACUAGAUCUAAAAAGCAUAAACCCGCAUUAUCGGUAAAAGCAUCAGAUUCCGAUAUUAAUGUUAUAUCAUGGUGUUCGAAAAUCAAUCAUUUGUUAGCCUCUGGUCAUGAUGAUGGUACAUGGAGUGUCUGGGAUCUAAGAAAUUUCACACAACCAAACCCCACACCAGUGGCAUCAUACAACUUUCAUAAAGCACCAAUCACAUCUAUAUCUUUCAAUCCAUUAGAUGAAUCUAUCAUUGCUGUGAGUUCAGAAGAUAAUACCGUGACAUUGUGGGACUUGGCGGUGGAAGCAGAUGAUGACGAAAUUUCACAACAAAGAAAAGAAAUUCAAGAAUUACAUGAUAUACCUCCGCAAUUGUUAUUUGUACAUUGGCAAAAAGAUGUUAAAGAUGUUAGAUGGCAUGAACAAAUUCCGGGUUGUUUAGUUUCUACAGGAGGUGAUGGAUUAAAUAUUUGGAAAACUAUAUCGGUAUAA